AUGAAGUCUGAAUAAACAAACACUAAAAGUCCCUAACCAAAACCAAACGACACCCAAAACAAGCGAAACUUCAUUGGCCUUGGCAUUGUGAAGCGAUGUCUACCACAUCACUAUAAUCCAUUCGCAGAUCUAUAGGAACAUAAUUCAAAGUUUUGUCUGUUGGAGCAACCAUCGAAAAAUUCAACAUUCCUUUUGAGAUUUAGAUUGCCCAAUUUUAAAUUCAUAGGAAAAAACAUGUUUUUAGUUAGACCCAUUUUCCGAACACAAUCAAGACCCUCCUCCCUUUGGGUGCUGCAUUAUUUUAGUUCCUCUUCAUCAUCCUCAGCAGCUGCAAUUCAAGCUGAGAGGACCAUCAAGGAAGGACCCAGAAACGAUUGGACCCGAGAUGAAGUCAAAUCCGUCUAUGACUCUCCCGUUCUCGACCUUCUCUUCCAUGGGGCUCAAGUUCACAGACAUGCUCAUAACUUCAGGGAAGUACAACAGUGUACUCUUCUCUCAAUCAAAACAGGCGGGUGCAGUGAAGAUUGUUCCUAUUGUCCUCAAUCCUCCAGGUAUGAUACAGGACUCAAGGCCCAAAAACUUAUGAACAAGGAUGCUGUUCUCCAGGCUGCAAAGAAGGCAAAAGAGGCUGGGAGCACUCGCUUUUGUAUGGGUGCUGCAUGGAGGGACACUGUAGGAAGAAAGACCAACUUCAACCAGAUCCUUGAAUAUGUAAAAGACAUAAAGGAUAUGGGGAUGGAGGUGUGUUGCACCCUUGGCAUGCUGGAGAAACAGCAGGCUAUGGAACUCAAGAAGGCAGGUCUCACUGCCUAUAAUCACAAUCUUGACACUUCAAGGGAAUACUAUCCAAACAUUAUCACAACAAGGAGUUAUGAUGAACGCCUAAAAACCCUUGAGUUUGUUCGUGAUGCAGGGAUUAAUGUUUGUUCUGGAGGAAUUAUAGGGCUCGGAGAAGCAGAGGAGGAUCGUGUAGGUUUGUUACAUACAUUGUCAACACUUCCCACCCAUCCAGAGAGUGUUCCUAUUAAUGCACUUCUUGCUGUAAAGGGAACCCCUCUUCAGGAUCAGAAGCCAGUUGAAAUAUGGGAGAUGAUUCGCAUGAUAGCCACAGCGCGGAUCAUAAUGCCAAAAGCAAUGGUCAGGUUAUCAGCCGGCAGAGUUCGGUUCUCCAUGCCUGAGCAGGCAUUGUGUUUUCUUGCUGGUGCAAAUUCUAUCUUCACUGGUGAAAAACUUCUUACUACUCCUAACAAUGAUUUUGAUGCUGAUCAACUCAUGUUUAAAGUUCUUGGACUGCUCCCAAAAGCUCCAACCUUACAUGAAGAUGAAACUACUAUGGCAGAGGAUUACAAGGAAGCUGCUUCUUCUAGUUAAGUUAGUCAACCAUAUCAGCUAUUAUCUGUGAUCCUUCAAACUUAUGUAACUGCUCAUUAGCAUGCACUGGAUCAUCUUGUACUCUUUUCUCCCCUCCGAUAACUUCAGAUGCACCAGAUGUUAGGUGUCACUGAAUUUGCCAAUUCUUAGCUUUGAAGACAUAAAUAUUCAACAAUUAAAUAUGUAUGUUAUGAAAAAUGAUAAGUCGGCUUGUUCAAGCUGAAAAUCCUCAAAGU